AUGCCGUCGGGAGCGCAGUGCUUUCUAGUGGUAACAUUAUUCCGUGCGAUCCAAACCUGUGUGGCCAUGAGCGACGAGCAAAUGUGGAGCCACGCGAGGCUGGCGGUCGAGGUGAGGAGGUUCUACGGAGCGUCGAGCAUUUUCAACGUCUACAACGACAAGAACUCGGACAGGGAGAUCAUGUCGACGAUGCUGCGUCUGUCCCUGCGCUUCUCGCGCAGCGACGUCCUCGUGCACAGCACGAAGAUGAGCAAGGUGAAGCGCUACGCGGAGUACUACCAGCAGCGCACCCUCCGGUCCUUGUACAUUAUCACGCUGAAGACGCAGCUGGACAUGACGGAGUUCGUCAAGUUCGCCAGCGACUUCAAAAUGUCGCUGAAUCUCUGGCUAGUGUUCAUCUACAAGAGCAGAGAGCUGCUGAAAUACUGCGCCAGGCCCGAUCGGAAUCUCUUCAACGUCAGCUUCGACACGAGGAUGCUGGUCAAGUGCGAGAACGACCCGACGGUUCGAGAAUGGUAUGCGCUGGGGAAGGACGCGGUUAGAGUCGUCGAUCUGGCCAGCUGGUCGGUGGAGAGCGGAUGGAGGCGAGUCACAAAUAAAUCGCUGUGGGAGAGGAGGAGCAGUUUGGACGGCAUCUCUUUGCGUAUCGCUGCGGUGAAGGAGUCCGUGUACACAGCGACGGAGUCGAAGCGCAAACGCAGCUCGUUGCACGGCCUCUUCGGUGCCGUGCUGCGCGAACUCGCUCUGGCUAUGAAUUUUACGUUCGAGCUGAUCAGCAUCGAGGACAUGUAUGGCAGCUUCGAGCCGGACAGCGGCACGUGGUCGGGCGUGAUAGGUCGUCUGGUCGACAAGGAUGUCGAUGUCGGCGUGGCCGAGUUCGGGCAGAGCAACGAACGACUCAAGGUGGUCGAUUUCACGGUGCCGUUGCUGCUGACCUGGGCCAACUUGUACCUGAAGGAGCCGAACAUGUCGGCUAUCAUGUGGUCGACUUACGUGCAAGUCUUCGACACGAGAAUCUGGAAGUUCACUUUGGUAUUAGCGAUCGUGUGCUCAGUCGUGAUAUCCCUGAUGGCAGCGAAAGUUGAGCAGAAGCAGGUAUUGACAGUCGCCGUAGACACCUGGUUUUACGUCUGGGGAAUUCAGUGUCAGCAAGGAUUCCCAGGUAAUGGCACGCCAUUUCAGUUGAAUUGUCAAUCGCCGAUUAACGCGUCUGUCUCGCAGUUUCCAACGGCUUCGUCAUUGAGAAUAGCCUUCAUGUCCAUCAUGAUCACGUCGAUGGUCAUCUACAGUAGUUACUCGGCCACUCUGACUAGUUACCUUGCUCUCUUCGUUCCGAGCUUACCGUUCAACUCCGAACCGGAAUUCUUGUUAAACGCCGCUUACAAUCUCUCCGUCGUUCGAGGAAGCGUUUAUCACGACAUCCUUGAGCGAGCAGAAAGUCGCCGAGCAAAGUUAUUGCGAAGACGGUUGAAUAGGGACGAGGAUUUGCCAAAAACCAUGGUCGAGGCGAUAGAUCAAGUCUGCCAGGAGAAAGUCGUCCUUAUCAGCAAUGAGCUGUUUAUUGAGAAAUUGCGCAACAAAAUGCCCUGUCCAUUGGUGGCCAUAAGCCUUGGUCGGCUCGAGAGCAUCGCGUUUCCUCUAACCAAGAGGAGUCAAUUCAGAGAGAUUUUUGACUUUUACAAGCGUCCACUCUUCCUAUCCAGCAUCGAGCACUUUCGCUCGUACGGCAUAAUACAAGUGCUGAGAAACCGACAUCUGCCCAAAAUCAGUCCCACGAAGAUGAUCUACUUGCCGGUGAGUUUUUACGGUAUCGUACCGCUCAUUACGAUAUACUUCAGUGGCGUCGGCCUCGCCAUCGUUAUCUUGAUCUGCGAAUUGUUGCAUCAUCGAUACUGGUAUGCCAGGAGAUCAGCAAUUAGGAAUAUACGUGACAAAUACUUGUGCGUUAAACUUUGCUAA